AUGAAGCGGACUGAGAAAAGAAAACAUCUGGAAAGCAUGGACUCCCCACAAGCUGCAAAGAAACCAACAAACUUACACAAGUGGGAUCUACAACCUGAGUACUCUUUGGAGGCCAAGACCAUGGUCCAUGAGGCAAAAGAAUUGUCUGAUGAACUGGAGUACUAUAGCUGCCACUCCACUUUGCUCUUGUCCACCUGUGCUAGCAAGGAGGCAGGACAGACAAAGCUGGGCAGAUCAGGGCCCUGGGAGAAAUUCCAGACUUCUGAAGAAGAUUCAGCUGAGCCAUAUACAGUGGUCCCAGACUGUGGUCAGGCAUCAAAAAUAUAUCGAACACAGCAGGAAGAUCUCUGUGUUCAACCUUUUGAGAUGCUUUUACCCCAGGAAGAGGAACAACCGCAUACUUUCACCACCUGUCAUCUCUGUUUUCAUGUCCAUUUAGCCAAUGAGCCCUGUACACCUGUGACACAUAAGAGCAAGGAACAGAUCAUGAAAGUUUACUACAUGCGUGUUCAAAGGCAAGAAUUGAUGGAUGCCAUACGUCACAUGGAGGAAACAUUGGUGUUGUCCAGGGAGAACUCAAGAGUAGAAGAACUGACCUUUUCUGGGGAGGUCCCUUCAGAACCCAGACUCACUUCUGUGCCUACAGAGGAGCUCCUAACUGAGAGUAAUUCCAGCUUGGACACAGAAGCCCAAGAGGAAGAUUUGGAGGAUGACAACCCAACAGAGCCUCCAGCCCUGGAGGACAGACCCAGGGAGAAGAUAUAUGAGAGGCUGGUGUACCCCGAAGGUGGCUUUAAAUGCAUGGCCUGCUGCAGAGUCUUCCCCAGCCUGGAGGUCCUGAAGGAGCAUGUGCAGUAUGGGGUCAGGGAAGGCUUUAGCUGCUACAAUUUUCAUCUUGCUUAUGCCUCGAUGAAGUCCAAAGAUCAUAAAAGAGCAGAUGAAGAGGAAGAGAAAGAAGAAAAUUGA